GGCGGAAGCCGGGGUCCCGCGGGCUCCUGGUCCGGGGCUGAGGGUAGGAAGCUCCCCAGCGGAGAGGCGGGGUGAGGACCCCCCGGUGCCGAACCCGCGCGCGAUCGGCGGCCCGGCUCUGCCCCUCGCGGCCCGGACGGCAGUUUCUUAAAUGGAGCAAACAUCUGUCAGCAGACCCGGUUUCCACUAAUGAUUCGCAGACCCCAGCUCUGAAGCCGGCUGACGGUCCCCACCGGCCAGUGGGGACACGCACGGAGUAGCUGCCAGUCCUCAGGAUGUUGGACUUCCUGGCUGAGAACAACCUCUGCGGCCAGGCCAUCCUCAGGAUCGUCUCCUGUGGCAAUGCCAUCAUUGCUGAACUUCUGAGGCUCUCUGAGUUUAUUCCUGCUGUGUUCAGGUUAAAAGACCGAGCUGAUCAACAGAAAUAUGGAGAUAUCAUAUUUGAUUUCAGCUACUUUAAGGGUCCAGAAUUAUGGGAAAGCAAACUGGAAGCUAAGCCAGAGCUACAGGAUUUAGAUGAAGAAUUUCGUGAAAACAACAUAGAAAUUGUGACCAGAUUUUAUUUAGCAUUUCAAAGUGUGCAUAAAUAUAUUGUAGACUUAAACAGAUACCUGGAAGAUCUCAAUGAAGGUGUUUACAUUCAACAAACCAUAGAAACUGUGCUUCUCAAUGAAGAUGGAAAACAACUUUUAUGUGAAGCGCUGUACCUGUACGGAGUCAUGCUGCUGGUCAUUGACCAAAAGAUUGAAGGGGAAGUCAGAGAGAGAAUGCUGGUUUCUUACUAUCGAUACAGUGCCGCCCGAUCUUCUGCUGAUUCAAACAUGGACGAUAUUUGUAAGCUGCUCCGAAGUACAGGUUAUUCCAGCCAACCAGGAGCCAAAAGACCACCCAACUACCCUGAGAGCUAUUUCCAGAGAGUGCCUAUCAAUGAAUCCUUCAUCAGUAUGGUCAUUGGUCGACUAAGAUCUGACGAUAUUUACAACCAGGUCUCAGCGUACCCCUUGCCGGAGCACCGCAGCACGGCCCUGGCAAAUCAGGCCGCCAUGCUGUAUGUCAUUCUCUACUUUGACCCUUCCAUCCUUCAUACCCAUCAAGCAAAAAUGCGAGAGAUAGUGGAUAAAUACUUUCCAGAUAAUUGGGUAAUUAGCAUUUACAUGGGGAUCACAGUUAAUCUAGCAGAUGCUUGGGAACCUUACAAAGCUGCAAAAACUGCUUUAAACAAUACCCUGGACCUUGCAAAUGUCAGAGAACAGGCAAGCAGAUAUGCCACUGCCAGUGAACGAGUGCACGCUCAAGUGCAGCAGUUCCUGAAAGAAGGUUACCUGAGGGAGGAGAUGGUCCUGGACAACAUCCCAAGGCUUCUGAACUGCCUGAGAGACUGCAACGUGGCCAUCCGAUGGCUCAUGCUCCACACGGCGGACUCAGCCUGUGACCCAAACAACAAACGCCUUCGUCAGAUCAAGGACCAGAUCCUAACAGACUCGAGGUACAAUCCCAAGAUCCUCUUCCAGUUUCUGCUGGAUACUGCACAAUUUGAGUUCAUACUCAAAGAGAUGUUCAAGCAAAUGCUUUCAGAAAAGCAAGCCAAGUGGGAGCAUUACAAGAAGGAGGGCUCAGAGCGAAUGACAGAGCUUGCUGACGUCUUCUCAGGAGUGAAACCCCUAACCAGAGUGGAAAAAAAUGAAAAUCUUCAAGCUUGGUUCAGAGAGAUCUCCAAGCAAAUACUGUCUUUAAAUUAUGAUGAUUCUACUGCUGCAGGCAGAAAAACUGUGCAGCUGAUACAAGCUUUGGAGGAGGUUCAGGAAUUUCACCAGCUGGAAUCAAAUCUGCAGGUGUGUCAGUUUCUCGCUGACACUCGCAAGUUCCUGCACCAAAUGAUCCGAACCAUUAACAUUAAGGAGGAGGUGCUGAUCACUAUGCACAUCGCGGGCGACCUUUCUUUCGCUUGGCAGUUGAUUGACAGCUUCACGUCUAUCAUGCAAGAGAGCAUCAGGGUAAACCCGUCCAUGGUUACCAAACUCAGAGCUACAUUCCUAAAGCUCGCCUCUGCCCUUGACCUGCCCCUUCUCCGCAUUAAUCAAGCCAACAGCCCUGACCUUCUCAGCGUGUCUCAGUAUUAUUCGGGCGAAUUGGUGUCCUACGUGAGAAAGGUUUUGCAGAUCAUUCCAGAAAGCAUGUUUACUUCUCUUCUAAAGAUCAUAAAGCUUCAGACCCACGAUAUCAUCGAGGUGCCCACCCGCCUGGACAAGGACAAGCUGAGGGACUACGCCCAGCUGGGCCCACGAUACCAGGUUGCCAAGCUGACACAUGCGAUUUCCAUUUUCACUGAAGGCAUCUUAAUGAUGAAAACGACUUUGGUCGGCAUCAUCAAGGUGGAUCCCAAACAGUUGCUGGAAGACGGGAUAAGGAAAGAGCUCGUUAAACGUGUUGCUUUUGCUCUUCAUCGGGGAUUGAUCUUCAACCCUCGAGCCAAGCCAAGUGAAUUGAUGCCCAAGUUGAAAGAAUUGGGAGCGACCAUGGACGGAUUUCACCGCUCUUUUGAAUACAUACAGGACUAUGUCAACAUUUAUGCUCUGAAGAUUUGGCAGGAAGAAGUAUCUCGUAUUAUAAAUUACAAUGUCGAGCAGGAAUGUAAUAAUUUCUUACGAACAAAGAUUCAAGACUGGCAAAGUAUGUACCAGUCCACUCAUAUUCCAAUACCAAAGUUUACCCCUGUGGAUGAGUCUGUGACGUUUAUCGGUCGGCUCUGCAGAGAAAUCUUGCGGAUCACAGACCCAAAGAUGACAUGUCACAUCGACCAGCUGAACACAUGGUAUGACAUGAAAACGCACCAAGAAGUGACCAGCAGCCGCCUCUUCUCGGAAAUCCAGACCACGCUGGGGACCUUCGGGCUGAACGGGCUGGACAGGCUGCUGUGCUUUAUGAUCGUGAAGGAGCUCCAGAAUUUCCUCAGUAUGUUUCAGAAAAUUAUCAUGAGAGACAAAACUGUGCAGGAUACUUUAAAAACCCUCAUGAAUGCUGUCAGCCCCCUCAAAAGCAUUGUAGCCAAUUCGAAUAAAAUUUAUUUUUCCGCCAUUGCCAAAACACAGAAGAUUUGGACAGCUUAUCUCGAGGCUAUAAUGAAGGUGGGACAGAUGCAGAUUCUGAGACAACAGAUUGCCAACGAAUUAAAUUACUCUUGUCGAUUUGACUCCAAACAUCUGGCAGCCGCCCUGGAGAAUCUCAAUAAGGCUCUCCUAGCAGACAUCGAAGCCCACUACCAGGACCCCUCCCUGCCUUACCCCAAAGAAGAUAACACACUCUUAUAUGAAAUCACAGCCUACUUGGAGGCAGCUGGCAUUCACAACCCACUAAAUAAGAUAUACAUAACAACCAAGCGCCUACCCUACUUCCCCGUUGUCAACUUUCUAUUUCUGAUCGCUCAAUUGCCAAAACUUCAGUACAACAAAAACCUAGGAAUGGUCUGCCGCAAACCUGCCGACCCCGUGGACUGGCCGCCGCUCGUCCUGGGACUGCUCACCCUGCUGAAGCAGUUUCAUUCACGGUACACGGAGCAGUUCCUGGCGCUGAUCGGCCAGUUCAUCCGCUCCACAGUGGAGCAGUGUACCAGGCACGAUCAGCUCUCAGGUGUCCGGGCAGGUAGUCAUCCCGUCUCCACAGGGACACGCCCUUCCAUGAGGCAUUCGUUACCUCUCAAGGCAACACCAGACACUGGUAGAGUCGUUCUCAUCAUUGAAAGGUUCCUGAUUGCACACGAUAAGCGGAAAAUGCCCUCCCAUCUUGGAAACGUCAUUCACUGGGCCUUCUCCGACCCUUUUAUUAGAAUAAAGCCGUCUCCUUCCUUGGCAGCAUCACCACAGGUUGUUACUGUCCCCGCCGCCUUAGGGCUUCUCUCUCUUUGGGGUAGCGCCUCCACCUGUUCCUGACGUACUGGUGACCUCUGCGGGGGUUCUCGUUUGUUACUAGUUUGGCCAUCUCAGUGUGUUUUCCCAGAUUCCAAAUACAGCCUCCCCUUGGGGUGGAGGGGUUACACACCCCUUCCUUCCGGGUCCCCCUCAGUGCACCUAGAAUCGCAGUACUGGGUCCUUGACAUCCACUGUAUACCAGUGGCUCGUAGUGAUUUUAUAUUCAUUUUAAAUCCUGCCAUCUUUUCUCCGUGGGCCUCAACCAGGCCAGCCCUCCCCGGUCUUAUGUCACAGUUAGAAUAACACUGGAUAUUUUUCUAGGACAUGUGGUCAGCCUUUUUCAAAGAGCAAAUUUAUUUUUUAACAAUUGAAAUACAGAAGAGCACUUGGAAGGAUGGGGAAAUCUCAAUAAAGAAAUUGUCACAAUCACAAAAUAAGGGCAAUUGCAAAGGAAAGUAGCAGGCCCCCAAAAUCUGAUGAAUCUCGCCCAGGGCCAUGGGGAGAGGAGAGGAGGCCAAGGACUCGUUCAGGUGGCACCAGGGCGGUGGUUUCCAGUCACCUCCACACCCGGCCACCCCCAGUCGUAGUGCACCGUCUGGCAGGAGUUGGCGGGUCCACCUCCUGUUUCUUCUUCAAUAAUGACUACAAAGGAGUAAGUGUGCCUCUAGUCUGGCUUGUUCCUGGCAACCCGAGAGAGGUCACCAGCUUAC